CUGUGAACAAGCCAGCAGAAUCUAAUAAAAGUACCAUGGAGAAUGGAACGCACGGUGUCAAGGUAGGCGCCCAGACAAACGGACUGGACUUACAGAAACAGAAUGGGCAGGCUACAAAUCCAGUCACCAAUCUCCAGACACAAGCUUUGCUCCAACAGUUGACUCUGACUCCAGCGCAGCAGCAGUUAUUGUUGCAGCAGGCCCAGGCCCAGGCUCAACUCCUGGCCGCAGCCGUGCAGCAGUCAGCCGCUCCACAGAACGGCACCACUGGAGCCGCCAUCUCCGCCUCCGCGGCCACGCCCAUCACGCAGAUCCCCCUGCCCCAGCCAAUCCAGAUCGCACCUCAGCUGCAACCACAGAAUUUGAACCUGCAGCAGUUUGUGCUGUUGCAACCAGGCCACCCCAUCACGACGCAGCUGCAGCCGACGCAGUUCAUCCUCUCCCCCACCCCACAAGGCCAGGGCGGCUUCCUGCAAGCCCAGAAUCUUCUGACACAGCUACCUCAAAGCCAAGCCAACCUCCUACAGACUGCACCCAGCAGCACCCUCUCCACACAGGCGGCGACGCCAACACGGGCGUUGUCAGCUGUGCCCGUGCAGGCGCUCCCUCUGAACCAGACCACACCAAAGCGCAUCGAGCCCCCCUGUGUGGAGGAGCCCAGCGACCUGGAGGAGCUGGAGCAGUUCGCCAAGACCUUUAAACAGAGGAGAAUCAAGCUGGGCUUUACUCAGGGUGACGUUGGCAUGGCAAUGGGCAAACUCUACGGCAACGACUUCAGCCAGACCACCAUCUCACGCUUCGAGGCCUUGAACCUGAGCUUCAAGAACAUGUGCAAGCUCAAACCCCUGCUGGAGAAAUGGCUCAACGAUGCCGAGAAUAUGACGUCAGACUCAGCCGUGUCGAGUCCCGGCGGCUUGUCUUCCCCUGGCCUGUGUAGUGAGAGUCGGCGUCGGAAGAAGAGGACCAGCAUCGAGACUAACAUCCGCGUGGCCUUAGAGAAGAGUUUCCUCGAGAGCCAGAAGCCCACUUCAGAGGAGAUCACACUGAUCGCUGAUCAGCUCAACAUGGAAAAGGAAGUGGUGCGUGUCUGGUUCUGCAACCGUCGUCAGAAGGAGAAAAGAAUCAACCCACCCAGCAGCUCCAUCACCAACCCCAUCAAAGCCAUUUUUAACCCCCCUGCGACAAUGGUGUCCAGCACACAGAGUCUAGUGACCAAUAGCAACCCCACCACCCUGACGGUAAACCCUGUCCUGCCUCUCAGCAGCACCACAGUUCCCAGUCUCACUUUGACCAGCACGACUCAGGGUGCAGUCACAUCUAACACGGCAUCGGUCAUCUCCAUGGCGCCCGCCCUCGCCACACCCGCCCCCACCGUGACCUCUCCAUCGCUCAGUCCCUCGGCCACGGCAGCGACGCAGUCUAACGGCACUGCAGACGCACAGGCCACCUCCGUCACAGGGCUGACAGCAGGCACAGGGCAGGUCGUGGUGAGUGGAGCAGGCCUGGGCACUACUCAGAUGCCCACCGGUGCCAACCUGGCGGCCGUGGCUGCCGCGGCAGGCAUCAACCCUGGCAUCAUAGCACCCUCACAGUUCACUCAGGGGGGGGCUCUGUUCAGUCUGACUCCUGGAGGCCUGGGCAACACGCUGAAUCCUGCAUUAAUGAACACCACCACACUUGCCACCAUUCAAGCUCUUGCAUCAACUGGAACAUUGCCCAUCACGUCCCUGGAGGGAAACGGGAACAUUCUGUUCGCCAACGCCAGCGGGGGAGGCUCCGCCCCUAGCCUCGUAACCACGCCCCUUUUCCUCAACCCUCAAAACCUGUCUCUGUUCACCAGCAACCCUGUCAGUCUGGUGACAGCAGGGGGGACAACCGGCGGGGCCCUCAACCUGCAGAUGACCUCUGACACCAACCAGAGCACUGUUGCCACCGCAUCCCUGCCCACAAAGCCAAUCGCUGUGGCCUCAAAAGUGCAGUGAGUCCAUGGUAACAAGUCUUUUUCUCCCUUGUCAUCAUCUAAUCCUUCUGCUAUCACCUGAAAAAAAUGAAAGAAAAAACAUUCUUCUACUCUUAUUUAUCCUUGAGCCAGGGGUCACUGUU